CUCACUAAAAAAUUCACUUUGUUUUCUCAUCAAUUAUUGAUUGCCUCUAGUUCACGCGUGUCCUUAGCACCACCCGUCUAAUAUGCAAAGGUUCCACUUCCCCUCUUCGUCUCCGUCUCGCCAAAUGAUGUCAAGUCAAUGCGGUCACAAACAAGGGCCGUGGCCCGGCUAAGAUCCCAACGAGUCCGGCAUUAUUCAGCUAGACAGGAGGGGUUGCAGGAGGGGAGGCAUGGAUGAUAAAAUGCGUGACUGACCCCUUGUCUGGGAGGAGACAAUCUGCUCUGAAUCACGUUGAGCGCGGUCGUGCAUUACCCAUUGCUCUUGGUUGGUGCAGUUUGCGGCAAGAACUCUUUUCAUCAUGAGGUUCUUCCCUUUCUGUGGAGCUCUCUUGCUGGCAGCACACGCAGCAGGUGCGUCCAUCAAGCAUCACCUCAAUGGCUUCACUAUUACCGAGCAUCCCGACGCAGCGAAGCGGGAAUUGUCUCAGAAAUAUGUCACAUGGGAUGAAAAGUCUCUCUUCAUCAAUGGCGAGAGAAUCAUGAUCUUCAGUGGAGAGGUCCACCCUUUCCGGAUUCCAGUUCCCUCCUUACACAUCGAUAUCUUUCAGAAGAUUAAGGCUCUCGGCUUCAACACCGUCUCCUUCUACGUCGACUGGGCAGUUCUGGAAGGAAAGCCUGGCGAAUACAGGGCGGACGGCAUAUUUGCUCUUGAACCUUUUUUCGAGGCCGCCUCUGAGGCUGGCAUCUACCUUCUCGCCCGUCCAGGGCCGUACAUCAACGCGGAAGCUUCCGGAGGAGGCUUCCCAGGUUGGCUGCAGCGAGUCAAUGGAAUCCUUCGGUCUAGUGACAAACCAUACCUUGAGUCGACUGACAACUAUGCCGCGCACGUCGCCGCCACUAUUGCCAAGUACCAAAUCACUAAUGGCGGUCCUAUCAUUCUUUACCAGCCUGAGAACGAAUACUCUGGCUCUACUGGAAACGUCACCUUUCCGGAUCCCGUCUAUAUGCAAUACGUCCUCGAUCAGGCUCGCAAUGCCGGGGUCGUGAUUCCUUUCAUCAGCAAUGAUGCCUCGGCCAGUGGACACAAUGUUCCAGGAAGCGGCGAGGGCUCGGUGGACAUCUACGGUCAUGAUAGCUAUCCGCUUGGCUUUGACUGUGCAAACCCUUCCACUUGGCCCGCGGGCAACUUGCCUACCAAUUUCCGUACUCUUCAUCUCGAGCAGAGUCCCUCAACCCCGUACUCUCUUGUAGAGUUCCAAGCCGGCGCGUACGAUCCCUGGGGCGGUCCUGGGUUCGCACAAUGUGCUGCCCUCGUCAACCACGAAUUCGAACGAGUUUUCUAUAAAAACGACUUCAGCUUCGGUGUUGCCAUUCUCAACUUGUACAUGACCUUCGGAGGAACUAACUGGGGUAACAUCGGCUACGCAAAUGGGUACACCUCCUACGACUACGGAUCACCCAUCACCGAAUCCCGUAACCUCACCCGGGAGAAGUACAGCGAGCUCAAGCUUCUUGGUAACUUUGCCAAAGCUUCGCCAGGCUACCUCCUGGCCACUCCUGGAAACUUGACCACUUCGGGCUAUGCCGAUACUUCGGACAUUACCGUCACUCCUCUGAUCGGCAACAACAACACUGGCUCUUUCUUUGUUGUCAGACACUCGGAUUACACUAGCCAAGCUUCUACGUCGUACAAACUGAAGGUCCCAACCAGUGCCGGUAGCCUGACACUACCUCAAUUGGGAGGCAGUCUGACCCUCAACGGACGCGAUUCCAAGAUUCACGUUGUUGAUUAUGAUGUCUCUGGAACAAACAUCUUGUACUCGACUGCUGAGGUCUUUACCUGGAAGAAGUUCUCGGAUGGAAAGGUUCUCAUUUUGUACGGCGGUCCUAAUGAACACCAUGAGCUUGCUAUCAACACCAGGUCCAAUGUGACUGUCAUUGAAGGCAGUGCAUCUGCUAUCUCCUCCAAGCAGAGUGGAAAGUCGCUCAUCAUUGGAUGGGACGUCUCCACCACUCGCCAGAUUGUCAAGGUUGGAGACUUGAAGAUCCAUCUUCUAGACCGGAACACUGCAUACAACUACUGGGUGCCGCAAGUGGGUAAGGACACUACUACAGAAUUCAGCACUCAGGCUGCGGUCGCAUCCUCCAUCAUUGUCAAGGCAGGAUACCUUGUGCGAACUGCAUACGUUCAGGGCAACGGUCUCUAUAUUACUGCCGACUUCAACGCCACUACCCCAGUUGAAGUCUUUGGGGCCCCGGCUACCACCAGCAACCUCUACAUCAAUGGUGAAAAGACCAGUCACACAGUUGCUAAGAACGGUGCCUGGACCACAGAAGUCAAAUACAGCGCCCCUAAGAUCUCCCUCCCUAGCUUCAAGGGCUUGAGCUGGAAGUAUCUCGACACCCUUCCUGAAAUUCAGUCAUCGUAUGACGACUCACUCUGGACAGCCGCCGAUCUUGCCGAGACCAAGAACACCUUCCGCCCCCUGACCACCCCCACUUCGCUAUACUCGUCUGAUUAUGGCUUCCACACCGGCUACUUGCUCUACCGCGGUCACUUCGUCGCCAGCGGUAGCGAGACAACCUUCACUGUCAACACUCAGGGUGGUACUGGAUUUGGUAGCUCUAUUUGGCUCAAUGAAACCUUCCUCGGCUCCUUCACCGGUCUCUUCAUUUACGCCGACUACAAUCAGACGGUCACUCUUCCUCAGCUGAAGGCUGGCGAGGAAUACGUCUUUACAGUGGUCGUCGACAAUAUGGGUCUGGAUGAGGACUGGACCGUCGGUUCCGAGCUGAUGAAAGCCCCUCGUGGUAUUCUCAACUACAACCUGGCCGGCCGUGACGCUAGCGACAUCUCUUGGAAGUUGACGGGCAACUUGGGUGGUGAAGACUACCAGGAUAAGACCCGCGGUCCUCUCAACGAGGGCGGCCUCUACGCUGAGCGCCAGGGAUACCACCAGCCUCAGCCUCCCAGCCAGAAAUGGAAAUCCGCCAGUCCCCUUGACGGUCUCUCCAAGCCCGGCAUUGGGUUCUACAGUGCCGAGUUCGAGCUCGACUUGCCCACCGGAUGGGACGUCCCAUUGUUCUUCAACUUUGCCAACACCACUACUCCCGACGCGUACCGGGCGCAGCUGUAUGUGAACGGCUACCAGUACGGUAAGUAUGUGAGCAACAUCGGACCCCAGACGAGCUUCCCGGUUCCUCAGGGUAUCUUGAACUACCAGGGAAAGAACUGGGUUGCACUUAGUGUGUGGGCGCAGAACGAGGGAGGUGCCAAGUUUGAAGGCUUGGAGUUGGGCUACGAGACUCCGGUCUUGACGGCGUUGAAGGGGGUGGAGUCGGUGGAUCAGCCCAAAUACGAGGCUCGGAAGGGCGCAUACUAGACGCAUACAGUGGAUGCGAGUUAUGUGUUGUGGAUCUUGACCAUUUAUCUAGUAUAUAGUUUGACAGAACCCAAUGGUGG